AUGACACACAGCAGCAUCAUGGUGGAUGUAGGCAAGUGGCCAAUGUUUACCUUACUGUCAGCUCAAGAAAUAGCAUCUAUUCGGAAAGCAUGUGUAUUUGGUACAUCAGCCAAUGAAGCUAUAUACAUAACGGACAAUGAUGAGGUAUUUGUUUUUGGACUGAAUUGCAAUAAUUGUCUGGGAACUGGAGAUAAUCAGAGCACAAUAGUACCAAAGAAAUUAGAAGCCUUAUGUGGAAAGAAGAUUUCCAGUCUCAGUUAUGGAAGUGGACCCCAUGUUGUACUUUGCACCGAAGAUGGUGAAGUGUAUGCUUGGGGACAUAAUGGUUACAGCCAGCUUGGGAAUGGCACAACCAAUCAGGGCAUUACUCCUGUUCAAGUUUGCACAAAUCUGUUAAUAAAGAAAGUGGUGGAAGUAGCUUGUGGCUCUCAUCAUUCCAUGGCACUGUCGUUUGAUGGGGAUCUGUACGCUUGGGGCUAUAAUAACUGUGGUCAAGUUGGAUCUGGAUCUACAGCAAAUCAGCCAACUCCUCGCAGAGUUUCAAACUGUUUACAGGGUAAAAUGGUAGUUGGCAUUGCUUGUGGUCAGACCUCCUCCAUGGCUGUAGUAAACAAUGGUGAGGUUUACGGCUGGGGUUACAAUGGUAAUGGUCAGCUAGGUCUUGGAAACAACGGCAAUCAACUAACGCCGUGCAGAGUGGCAGCAUUACAUGGUGUGUGUAUACUCCAGAUUGCCUGUGGCUAUGCGCACACACUAGCACUAACAGAUGAGGGUUUGCUCUAUGCCUGGGGAGCUAACACUUACGGGCAGCUAGGAACUGGCAAUAAAAGUAACCAGCUAAGCCCGGUGCAGAUCAUGAUGGAAAAAGAAAGGGUUGUGGAGAUUGCAGCCUGCCACUCUGCUCACACGUCGGCUGCCAAGACCCAGAGCGGCCAGGUGUACAUGUGGGGCCAAUGCCGUGGGCAGUCAGUGAUCCUUCCCCACCUCACUCACUUUGCCUGCACUGAUGAUGUGUUUGCUUGCUUUGCUACCCCUGCUGUUAUGUGGCGCCUUCUGUCAGUAGAGCAUGAAGACUUUUUAACAGUAGCAGAGUCUCUGAAGAAAGAGUUUGACAGCCCAGAAACCUCAGACCUAAAGUUUCGUGUGGAUGGAAAGUACAUCCAUGUCCACAAAGCUGUUCUGAAAAUCAGGUGUGAACACUUCAGAACCAUGUUCCAGUCAUACUGGAAUGAGGAUAUGAAGGAAGUGAUAGAAAUAGACCAGUUUUCUUAUCCUGUGUAUCGUGCCUUUCUUGAGUACUUGUAUACAGACAGUGUUGACCUUCCGCCUGAAGAUGCAAUAGGACUUUUGGAUUUGGCUACUUCGUACUGUGAAAAUAGACUGAAAAAACUGUGUCAACACAUUAUCAAGAGAGGAAUUACUGUGGAAAAUGCAUUUUCAUUGCUCUCUGCUGCUGUCAGAUAUGAUGCAGAGGACUUAGAGGAAUUCUGCUUUAAGUUUUGUGUCAAUCAUUUGACGGAAGUGACACAAACUACAGCAUUUUGGCAAAUGGAUGGUCCCCUGCUAAAGGAAUUCAUUGCUAAAGCCAGUAAAUGUGGAGCCUUUAAGAACUGA